AUGAGUGAUUAUGAUUGUUUCUACGCCUCGGUCUUCGAGGUGGAGCAGCCGGUGCUGAAAUCCCUGCCGUUGGCCGUCCAGCAGAAACAGAUUGUAGUCACCUGUAACUAUGAGGCCCGCCGGCGCGGGUUGCGCAAGCUCCAGUUGAUCAAAGAGGCCAAACAGAUCUGCCCGGACGUCGUCAUUGUCUUAGGUGAAGAUCUGUCUAGAUUUCGCGAUGCAUCCAAGGAUCUGUUCCUCUACAUUAGGUCCUUCGUCUGGGGGGAGAAGGUCGAAAGACUCGGAUUUGAUGAGGACUGCCCGUUGAGGUGGUUCUCCACGGUUUCCUGGGCUGCAGUGAGCUUCUUCGCGAUCCCAUCUAAUACCCGCCUGCAGUUGUUCUUGGAUGUCACCGAGAUGAUCAACUACAAUGUCGAUCUGUUAAAUCGCUAUGAUCUGGAACAUUCAUUCUUUCAUCUGGACCGGCACGAACCCACCGUGGGUUUCACUUAUGAUGCCACCCGAUUAUGUGGCUCCACUUACCCAGCUGAUUCGAAUACGAUCGCUGCCGCUGCGCCCUCGACGACUGCGACAGCUGACGAAGACGCAUCAGCCUGGCUUUACACUCGACUGCUGGUGGCCUCGCACCUCGCAGGCUACCUUCGUGGUCAACUGGAGCAGCAGAAAGGGUACACUGCCACAGUGGGGAUCUCUACGUCCAAGCUUCUCGCCAAGCUCGCAGGCAGCACUCAUAAACCAAACAACCAGACUACGCUGCUUCCCCCGUAUACUACACCGACGCUUGCUGCGCCCAGUAAUGUGCUGAAUUUUCUCGAUGCGCACGAAAUCAGGAAGAUCCCUGGGAUCGGCUCCAAACUGACGCGGAAACUCUGUCACUAUCUUGCUGAUGAAGGCGCUCACUCAGUCCCAGCGGUGACCGCCGACGACACCGCCGACUCUGACAAGGUGACUGUGAGAGACAUCCGGUUGUUGCCUGGCAUGGGCCCGUCCCUGCUCAGUCGGAUCUUAGGGGGUCCAGGGGCACCCCGAGAUAUUGGGGUGCGGGUCUGGGGACUGCUGCAUGGCGUAGACAAUACCGAGGUCGUCCAGGCAGGAGAUUUGCCCACGCAGAUAAGCAUUGAAGAUUCCUACGGUCGCCUGGACAGUUUCGACAGCGUCCGUAAAGAGCUAGUCUCGCUCACAGGGAGCUUACUUCGUCGGAUGCGGACGGAUCUGACAGAGAAGGACAAGGAGACUGACAGUACAGCAGCAAACCAAGUUGCAGUAUCUAAAGUCCGAUGGCUCGCGCAUCCACGGACCCUGCGGCUGUCCACCCGGCCCCGAUCUGCCACAGACGAUGCGCAAGCUUACCAUGGGGGGAGAAUUUCUCGUUCAGCGCCGCUGCCCGGCUAUGUCUUUCAUCUUGAUGAGAGUGUAGACGCGCUGGCCGAACGGUUGGUACAAGAUCAGCUACUGUCCAUGUUCCGCAAGCUUCACCCGGAGAGAUCUGGGUGGAACCUGCGGUUAAUGAAUGUCGCUGUGACGAAUCUGGUAGAGGCAGCUGGAGAACGGAAGCAAAGCAGUGGACGCGAUAUUGGUAAGAUGUUUCAGAGCCAAGGGUCGCGGCGCAACGAUGCCUUGGCCAUUUCUGGGCCAGUGCCUGUCUUUACGGGUAACAGCGGCACGAUGAUUCACCCUCAGGAACCCCUUCAUCGUGGAGACGGUGCAGUCGUGACUGAGCACGAAGUGGAGGAAGCUGCAUGGGAAGAGAGCGAUGGAGAAGAUGGCAUGGCUUGUGUAGCAUGUGGCGUCUGCGGCGCCAUGAUUCCGCAUUUCGCCCGAGAGGCACACGAAGCAUUUCAUUUGGUUCCAGACUGA